AAAAAUACUGUAUUUAAUAAAUGUUAUUACUAUAUACAAUCAUUGAAUCAAACAAAACCAGAAGCCAAUGCUGACAAGUGGCAGCAGCAGGCCAAAUGACAGACCAAUAGACUCCUCAUUACAAAGUAAAUUUAUCUUUAUCCCACCAAUCUUUUCUUCAUUCCUACAACUAGAAAGCUCCUUCCUUUUUUCCUUUCGUCGUCAUCAUCUUCAUCUUCUUCUUCUUCUCCGUUCCCUCUGAUGUUGCUCUCCACAGUCGGCAAGCUCAACGCCAUCCCUACGCAAUCAUAUUUACUUCUUCCUCCUUCGCCGCCCUGACAUCCAUUCAAAUCACUGUUUCAUUAACUACUUGAUCAGUAGCGCUCGAGUUCUUCUUUCUCUUCCUUUCCUAUGUCGCCGGUGACCAUCCGCUGCUUCGACUGGGACAGAGACCGCCAAGCGGUCGAGGAACUCGACGUAAGCUGUGAGGUUGGCUCGCCACUUGUCACGGUCACCAUGGGAGACCCUCUCUGCAGAGUUCGCAACAGCCCCGCUUAUCAGAUGCUGGUUGCUGAGCUAGGCUCCAAGAUUGUGGGAGUUAUCCGUGGCUCAAUCAAAACAGUCAUUGUUGGCACCUCCCAGGCUACCGUCGGCUACAUUCUCGGCCUCCGAGUUUCCCCUUCGCAUCGUCGUAGAGGCAUCGCCUUUCUCCUCGUCGGUGCCAUCGAAAAAUGGUUCUCUUCUAACUCCGUCGAGUUCGCUUACAUGGCCACCCAGAAAACCAACCUCCCUUCCAUCAACCUCUUCACCAACAAGCUCAACUACAUCAAAUUCCGACAACCGGUCAUCCUCGUCAACACAGUCAGCCGGCGACCGAUCCCCAUCCCAUCCAAUGUAACAGUAAUCAAUCUCUCCGUCGACGAAGCGACCUCUCUCUACAAUAAACAAAUGCGAUGUUCAGCCGAGUUCUUCCCCCUCGACAUAGACAGUAUUCUCAAAAACAAUCUCAGCUUAGGAACAUUCGUCGCCUGCCGGAAAGACGAGAGCUGGCCGACGGCGAAGAGCUGGGCUGUGCUCAGCGUCUGGAACAGCUGCGAGGUGUUCAAGCUGAGGUUAGGAAGAGUGCCAUGGUAUUUCGUUGCUUUGGCCAAGCUUUCCAAGCUAAUGGAAUCAGUACUUCUCCCUUGCUUUAAAAUUCGUGCAGUACCUGCUCUAUUUUCAGUUUUUGGAUUUUAUUUUUUGUACGGUUUACAUGGCGAGGGGCCGCAUGCGGGGUUGAUGAUGGAGGUUUUGUGUAAUUUUGUGCACAAUAUGGCUGUGAAGGUGAAGGAUAGCGAGAUGAUAGUUGCUGAGUUGGGAGGGAACGAUGAACUGAGGAAACAUGUGCCGCAUUGGAAGUGGAUCUUCAGCUCGGAGGAUUUAUGGUGCAUUAAGGCGUUGGGGGGCGAAGGGGGGUCUCAGGGGGCGGUGCCGGAGUGGGCGAAGGCGACGGCGCCGCCGGAGCUUUUUGUUGAUCCAAGGGAGAUAUAACUUUCUUUAUUUUUCUUUAAUUCGAUUUAGCUUUUUUUGUUCUUCUUGUAGCAGAAGAGAAAUUUGGACAGGUUGUCUCAGGUGACUUUAUUUUUUGCCGACAUAA